AUGGAGACGCCCAACACGACCCAGGUCAGCACCAUCGUGGGCCGUGAGGACAGGUACCACGGCAUCAUCGUCGAUCCCGACAGUCUCCCAUCCACCCUGGACAGUUUUAUGAUCCACAUGGAAGCGGCGUUGGAGGCUUGGCGUGCCACCAGGAAGAGAGGAAUAUGGCUGAAGAUACCAAUCGAAAAGGCAUCAUUUAUUGGACCAGCAGUGGACACAUUCAACUUCAAAUUCCAUCACGCAGAAGAGGACUUUGUGAUGUGCUUGAAAUGGCUUCCAAAGGAGCCAGGAAAUAUCCCACCCAAUGCCUCGCACCAGGUGGGGGUUGGUGCUUUUGUCAUGAACGACCGAGGACAAGUUCUUGCCGUUCAGGAAAAGAAUGGUCCUUUGAAGGGAAUGGGUGUUUGGAAGAUGCCCACUGGAGUUGUGAAUGCAGGCGAAGACAUCGGAGAGGGAGCGGAGAGGGAGGUCAUGGAGGAAACGGGCAUCUGUGCUUCCUUUGAUUCGGUGCUCUGCAUCCGCCAAGCACACGGGGUGGCUUUUGGCAAGAGCGACAUGUUCUUCGUGUGUGGUAUGAAAGCACACCCGGGCCAGGAGACGUUCAUGCCACAGGCAUCUGAAAUCGAGGCUGUCCAGUGGAUGGAUCUUGAUGAAAUUACACGCCAGGAAUUUGUUCAGGGGCGGCCGGUCAUUCGUGAGACUUUUGAAGCGUGUCGGCUUUACAUGGCCGGGGAAUACAGAGGCCUGGUGGGUGGUAGAAUACAGGACGGUGUGAGGAGGACACCAUACUUCUUCUUGAGAGGGCGGGCAUCCAAUGAGGAUCCCAGCGCAAAGUUGUGA